AUGGGAAUACCCAUGGACCGCGAUAUUCAUGCUCCAACAGUAGCCUCCGGCCCUACGUCCGGAGGGGCCCCUCCCCGCGAUUUGUCCAAGCUCGGCAUGGUCGACCUGAUGCAAGAAAAGGAACGAAUCGAAGAGGAACUUUCAGCUCUGAGCAGCGUUCUCGGCUCGCAUGGCGUUAACAUGAACACAUCUCUGACAACCUUCGAUGGCUUUCCACGAGACGAUAUCGACGUUGCCCAAGUACGCACCACCCGAGCCCGGAUCAUUCGACUGCGGAACGAUCACAAGGAGGUUAUGUCACAUCUAGAGAAGGGUAUCCACAACCAUUUUGCGAAUCUGCAGCGUGCGCAGACGGCUGCGCCAUCCAGUGGCAAUAUAGGUGCUACGUCGGGACCAGGGCACAAUGCAUCCGAUACUGGGGCGACUGGUAUGCCAUUUGCGAAGGUCAAUAGCGUGGUGCCUGGAAGCCCUGCCGAUCAGGCAGGUCUGAGGGUCGGUGAUACCAUCCGGGGAUUUGGGGGCGCGAACUGGCUUAAUCAUGAACGUCUCUCCAAGGUUGCCGAGAUAGUCCAGCAAAGUGAAGGGCGUCCUGUGGUGGUCAGAGUUGCCCGGAAAGAACCGAACUCUCCCAGCAGCGUCGAUUUAUCCCUCGAACUUGUCCCCCGCCGUGAUUGGGGCGGCCGCGGCCUGUUGGGCUGCCAUCUGGUGCCGCUCUAA